AACUACAUUGGACUAUUUACAUGUUUACUACUUUGCAGUUUGUUGCGAUUGUUUGACUUCCGAAGCCAAAUUUUAACUACGUAACAUUUACACGUGACCAAAUUUCUAUAGAAUUUAACUGCGUUUUACCGUACAUGCAGCGAAGCAUUUUGACAGUGAGACAACGUAAAUUGUAACGAACGUAUCCCACACGUUGUGAUCUCGUGACGGAAAAAUAUCAAGUACCUUAUAUGUCAGUUAUUGAAUUUUUAUUAUAUACAGUUUUUAUGUAACAAAAGAAUGAGUCACAUUAAAUGUUUACGCCACCCUAUGUCCUGUUUAAUCAGCUGUAAUUUUGAAACAAUUACUAGAAACUUGGUAAUACAAAAUGGGUACAGAAAUCUUCAUCAUUCGUGCAUGGUAUUGGUUGUUGGGGGUGGUACCGGGGGUUGCAGUAUGGCUGCAAAGUUUGCUAAAAAGUUUAAGGAUCCAAAUAAAGUUAUCAUCAUAGAACCAAAUGAUGUUCACUUUUAUCAACCAAUGUUUACAUUAAUUGGUGGUGGCAUAAAACAAUUUGAAGACUCGAAAAAGUCAAUGAAAGAUGUUUUACCAAAGCAUGCAAAAUGGCUUCAAGAAAAUGUAAUGACCUUCGAGCCAGAUCAGAACAGAGUAACUAUGAGUAACGGUGAUCAAGUACAAUAUGACAUUAUGAUUGUUGCAAUGGGUUUGCAACUAUAUUGGGAAAAAAUACCUGGUUUGACACAAGGUCUUAGGGAAUAUACAUCACAAGUUUGCUCUAUAUAUGGGUCUGACACAGUUUCCAAUGUUUUUCCUAAAAUCAAGAAGACUAAGGAAGGUACUGCAAUAUUUACUUUUCCUACUGGCCCAGUCAAGUGUCCUGGAGCACCACAAAAGAUUGCAUAUAUUGCAGAAGAAUAUUUUCGGAAAGACAAUGCGCGUAAAAAUAUAAAGGUUGUGUAUAACACUGCUUUACCAGUCCUAUUUGGCGUGAAAAAGUAUGCUGAUUCACUUUGGAAAGUUUGCAAACAAAGGGAUAUUACGGUAAAUCUUCGAACGAAUCUUGUAGAAAUAAGACCGUCAUCUCAAGAAGCUGUAUUUGCAAAAUUGGAUAAAUCGAACGAAACGUUUGUUGAGAAGUAUUCGUUACUUCACGUGUGUCCACCAAUGGGUCCACCUGAUGUUCUGAAAGAACACUCUACAUUAACGAACGAGAUGGGAUUUUUAUCUGUCGAUCCUAAAACCUUACGUCACACGAAAUACUCGAAUAUAUACGGAAUAGGAGAUUGUACAAGUACUCCAAACUCAAAAACAAUGGCUGCAAUAGCGGCCCAAGGCAAGGUAUUAUAUAAAAAUAUUUGUGAUGAUCUGAGUGGUAAACCAAUGACUAUGGCUUAUAAUGGUUAUUCAUCGUGUCCCUUGGUUACUGGUUACUCAAAAUGUAUUUUAGCUGAAUUCGAUUACAAUUUACAACCACUUGAAACGUUUCCAGUCAAUCAGGGACGAGAAUAUUUCUUCGCAUUUGUACUCAAAACAUACAUUUUCCCACUUCUCUAUUGGCAUUUGAUGCUACGUGGCUACUGGGAUGGGCCAGAAUUUUUCCGCAGGUACACAAACUGGUUAAAAAAGAAAGAAACAAAUAACAGUUACAAUGUCUAA